AUGACUUUUGACAAUCAAACUACCUCUGAGCAAGUGGGUGCUGAAUUUGCUGAUAAUAUCAAGGGCAAGACUGUGAUUGUGACUGGAGCUACCUGGGGUGGAUUGGGUGCUCAUACCGCAUUGACCAUUGCCAGACACGGUGCUGAGAGAGUGAUUAUUGCUGGAAGAAAAGCCAGUUCUCUUGAGGAAACCAUUGCCAAGAUUAAGGAAGAAGUGCCUUCAGCCAAUGUUACUCCAUUAGUGUUUGAUUUGGCUAGCUUGAAAACUGUUCGUGCUGCUGCUGAUAAGAUCAAUUCUGAUCACGAUAUCAAGCACAUUGAUGUAUUGAUUAACAAUGCUGCUGUAAUGGCCUGUCCAUUCUCCAAAACCGAGGAUGGUUUCGAGAAUCAAUUUGGUAGUAACCAUCUGGGCCAUUUCCUGUUCACGACCUUGAUUAUCAACAAGAUCCUGGCCUCGAAAUAUCCUCGCAUCGUCAACGUCUCAAGUCAAGGCCACAGAUUCUCUCCCAUUCGUUUCGACGACGUUAAUUUCAGCAACGGAGAAAAAUACGGCUCCUUCCAAGCCUACGGCCAGUCCAAGACUGCCAAUAUUCUCUUUACCCGUGAACUUAACAGAAGAUACGCUUCCAAAGGCCUCGUCACUUUCAGUUUGCACCCCGGAGUGAUCUCGACCAACCUAAGCAGACACAUCGAUUUCGAAAACUUGCUCAGUAGCAACGAGGUUGACUACCAAGGAAACCCCUGUUUCCAACGCGAAUAUCUAGAAAAGAUCGUGUACAAAACCAUCUCUCAAGGAGCCUCUACCACCCUGGUUGCAGCCUUUGAUCCCGCCAUUGUCAAGUCCUCUGGAAGCUACAUGAGCGACUGUGUCAUCAACGAAGACCUCUGUCUUCCCUUUGCCAAAGACAUGGACUCUGCCGAGCGUCUCUGGACCCUCAGCGAGAAACUCGUCGCUCAAGCCUAA